AUGAAAAAAUCAACAUUAUUAAUUGUAUCAAUUCCAAUAGUUCUGGGAUUACAAAUUAAAGAUACUGUUGAUACAACUACAGAAAAUACUUUUUGGUAUCAAUUAUUUGGAACUCCUUCAAAAACUCAACCAGCAGGAGCAGCAUUAACAGCUACAACACAAGCAACACAAGCAACACAAGCAUUUACUCCAAUUUCUACUAUUCAAGCUAGUGAUAUUGUUCUUGGAACAACCAAAGCUGUUGCCCCAGUUGCUUCUUCUUCGGCAACUGCUGCUGCUCCUUGGUAUCAAGGAUUAUUUGCUGUUGGUCGUACUACAUUAGGUCAAAUUACAACUUCAUCUACUCCUAUUUCUACUCCGACUACCACUACCAGAUCAACACCACCACCAACAACAACAACAACAAAUUCACCAACUAAUAAUAAUAAUAAUAAUAAUAAUAUCAAUUUAUUGGGAACAACAUCUAUCACAACUAGAUCUACACCAAUAUCAGUUUCUGGAGAUAAUGUUUUAACAUUAUUUGGUAAUCCAAAUUUAUCAAUUGGAAUUGAUCAAUCUAAUUCUGUUCCAACAACAACAACAAAAACAUCAUCAUCAUCAUCAUCAUCAUCAUCUCCUUCUUCUUCUUCUUCAUCAUCAUCAUUGUCCAAUACUAAAUCACAACCAACUAUUAGUAAUGAUGAUGGCAAUGGGGUGUUGACAUUAUUUGGAAAUUCAGAAUCAAUAUCUGAUAUUAAAACCUCAACACAAAACAGUGGAUCAUUAACUUCAAGUUCAAGUUCAAGCUCAACUUCAAAUUCAAAUUCUUAUAGUGCAAGUAUAACAUCAAGAGUUAAUUCUAGUUCUAAUGAUAAUGGCAUUAAAUCUAUUCCUAAUUCUUCUGAAUUUCUUGCAUCAUUAAUUAAUGGAUUAGGUGCAACUACAAAUACUAUUAAUAAUCAUUCAAGUUCUACAACAUCAAAAUAUUUUAAUUCAAGUAGUAUUACAACUACCAUUAUUGAUACUAAGAAAUUAUCAUCAAGUAAAUCUAUUUAUUCAAAUUCAACCAUUUCAAAAAAUUCUUCUUCCUCCUCUACUUCUUCUGCUAGUAAGAGUGGUGGUGGUGAUGGAGGAAAUUUAUUUGGACUGAUUUUAAAUUCAAUUUCAGCUUCAAAAACCAUAGCUGCUGAAUCAACUUUAAGUACUAGUACUACUAGCACCACUGGUUCUACUGGUUCUGAUAAUUCUAAUACUAAAGAUUAUUCAAGUUAUUCUGGUACAAUUACUUCAUUUCCUUCAACUACAGGAAGUUUAACUGGUAAUGGUAAUAAAUUAAUUGAUAAUAAUAAAUAUUUGAUUAAUAUUGUAUGGACAAAUUUGAUUUUAAUCAUGAUUAUGUUUUUCACAUAA